AUGAGUGACGCUACAGAAAUCCUAAAAUCAGUCCAGAUAGGUUUAAAUGUCGUCAUAUUUCUUCUGAACACUGAUCGAGGCCUACAAGCGACUGAGUUAUGCAAUGAAUGUGUGAUUCUACUUCAAAACCUUGACUCUGGUAGUCACCUUGAUACCUCCGAUGUACUAUUCAAUGCGUACUAUGCCAUCUCUGGUUACACGGAUGCGAGAAGACAUGCCACCAAACUUCUUGACACAUUUAACCAGGCUUGGAGACUAAACAUAGAACUAGGGGACAAAUAUGAAGCACAAAGCCGGUUUGUAGAGGCAAAGCAACUCUUUAAAUGCGCACUCACCAUCUUGAAAACAACAGGUCACAGAAGAAAAGAAGCACAGACUAAUGCGAGACUUGGAAAUGUCUAUAAUAGCCUCAGUAAAUAUCAGAAUGCUAAAGAAUAUCACGAGAAAGCUCUUGCCAUCACUAUAGAAAUUGGCGAUAGACGAGGAGAAGGAAGAACAUACGGGAACCUCGGAAAUGUGUUUCAUUCCCUUGGCGAAUAUCAGAAUGCUAAAGAAUAUCACGAGAAAGCACUUGCCAUCGCGAUAGAAAUUGGCGACAGACGAGGAGAAGGAAGAAGAUACGGGAACCUCGGAAAUGUGUUUGAUUCCCUUGGCGAAUAUCAGAAUGCUAAAGAAUAUCACGAGAAAGCACUUGCCAUCGCGAUAGAAAUUGGCGACAGAGAAGUAGAAGGAACAGCUUACGGGAACCUCGGAAAUGUGUAUCAUUCCCUUGGCGAAUAUCAGAAUGCUAAAGAAUAUCACGAGAAAGCACUUGCCAUCGCGAUAGAAAUUGGCGACAGAGAAUUAGAAGGAACAACAUACGGGAACCUCGGAUAUGUGUUUCAUUCCCUUGGCGAAUAUCAGAAUGCUAAAGAAUAUCACGAGAAAGCACUUGCCAUCGCGAUAGAAAUUGGCGACAGAGCAGUAGAAGGAACAACAUACGGGAACCUCGGAAAUGUGUUUCAUUCCCUGGCGACAGAGAAGUAGAAGGAACAACAUACGGGAACCUCGGAAAUGUGUUUCAUUCCCUUGGCGAAUAUCAGAAUGCUAAAGAAUAUCACGAGAAAGCACUUGCCAUCGCGAUAGAAAUUGGCGACAGACGAGGAGAAGGAAGAACAUACGGGAACCUCGGAAAUGUGUUUCAUUCCCUUGGCGAAUAUCAGAAUGCUAAAGAAUAUCACGAGAAAGCACUUGCCAUCGCGAUAGAAAUUGGCGACAGACGAGGAGAAGGAACAACAUACGGGAACCUCGGAAAUGUGUUUCAUUCCCUUGGCGAAUAUCAGAAUGCUAAAGAAUAUCACGAGAAAGCACUUGCCAUCGUGAUAGAAAUUGGCGACAGAGAAGGAGAAGGAAUAGCAUACGGGAACCUCGGAAAUGUGUUUGAUUCCCUUGGCGAAUAUCAGAAUGCUAAAGAAUAUCACGAGAAAGCACUUGCCAUCGCGAUAGAAAUUGGCGACAGACGAGGAGAAGGAAGAAGAUACGGGAACCUCGGAAAUGUGUUUCAUUCCCUUGGCGAAUAUCAGAAUGCUAAAGAAUAUUACGAGAAAGCACUUGCCAUCGCGAUAGAAAUUGGCGACAGACGAGGAGAAGGAACAACAUACGGGAACCUCGGAAAUGUGUUUCAUUCCCUUGGCGAAUAUCAGAAUGCUAAAGAAUAUCACGAGAAAGCACUUGCCAUCGCGAUAGAAAUUGGCGACAGACGAGGAGAAGGAAGAAGAUACGGGAACCUCGGAAAUGUGUUUCAUUCCCUUGGCGAAUAUCAGAAUGCUAAAGAAUAUGACGAGAAAGCACUUGCCAUCGCGAUAGAAAUUGGCGACAGAGAAGUAGAAGGAACAACAUACGGGAACCUCGGAAAUGUGUUUCAUUCCCUUGGCGAAUAUCAGAAUGCUAAAGAAUAUCACGAGAAAGCACUUGCCAUCGCGAUAGAAAUUGGCGACAGAGCAGUAGAAGGAACAACAUACGGGAACCUCGGAAAUGUGUUUCAUUCCCUUGGCGAAUAUCAGAAUGCUAAAGAAUAUCACGAGAAAGCACUUGCCAUCGCGAUAGAAAUUGGCGACAGACGAGGAGAAGGAAGAAGAUACGGGAACCUCGGAAAUGUGUUUCAUUCCCUUGGCGAAUAUCAGAAUGCUAAAGAAUAUUACGAGAAAGCACUUGCCAUCGCGAUAGAAAUUGGCGACAGAGAAGUAGAAGGAACAGCUUACGGGAACCUCGGAAAUGUGUUUCAUUCCCUUGGCGAAUAUCAGAAUGCUAAAGAAUAUCACGAGAAAGCACUUGCCAUCGCGAUAGAAAUUGGCGACAGACGAGGAGAAGGAAGAAGAUACGGGAACCUCGGAAAUGUGUUUCAUUCCCUUGGCGAAUAUCAGAAUGCUAAAGAAUAUCACGAGAAAGCACUUGCCAUCGCGAUAGAAAUUGGCGACAGACGAGGAGAAGGAAGAAGAUACGGGAACCUCGGAAAUGUGUUUCAUUCCCUUAGCGAAUAUCAGAAUGCUAAAGAAUAUUACGAGAAAGCACUUGCCAUCGCGAUAGAAAUUGGCGACAGAGAAGUAGAAGGAACAGCAUACGGGAACCUCGGAAAUGUGUUUCAUUCCCUUGGCGAAUAUCAGAAUGCUAAAGAAUAUUACGAGAAAGCACUUGCCAUCGCGAUAGAAAUUGGCGACAGAAGAAAAGAAGGCGCAGCAUACUUAAAUCUUGGAGCGGUGUACAGCAAUCUUAAUAAAAAUCGGAAAGCUGAAGAACAUUUUGACAAAGCAGUCGGCGUCAGUAUUGCAAUUGGUAACAGAGAAAUUGAAGCCACCGCUUUUGCAGGUUUGUCACGUGUCUCGGAUUCUGUAAAUGACAGUCAGAAGGCAAAAGAACAUUGUGAGAAGGCGCUUACAAUCAGCAGAGAAUGUGGCAAUAGAAUGUGCGAAGCACAACUAUACCUACUCGUUGGACGUCUAUCUCAAUCGUUUGGUGAAUAUGAUAAGGCAGCAUAUUAUUUACAGAAAGCUUGCUCCAUAAGCAGCCAAAUUGGAGACAAAAUGAUUGAAUUUCAAAGUCUUCUCUCUAUUACAAUGUUAAAGAUAUCGCAGUCAGAGGUUGUGGAGGCAAUGGAAUAUCUUCUCCAAGGUAUUGAAAAAUAUGAACAAAUCAGAACUCUUCAGAAAGGAAACAGUGGAUUUGAAAUUUCUCUGCUGGAGCAACGUGGUACUCUUCCCUACAAGUUACUCACUCAACUCCUUUGCGAUAAGGGAAAAUCUCGAGAUGCUCUCUAUGUUGAGGAGCUGGGACGAGCAAGAGUCCUCGCAGAACUCAUGGCAGACAAGUACUCCGCUGAAAGCUACAUCUCAGCUAAUCCACGAUCAUGGUUCGGGAUUGAAAACAUCGCGAGAAGAGAAAGUAACUGUGUGUUUUUGUACAUUUCGUAUGAAGAUCGGCAAGUUCUUCUCUGGGUAUUGAAAACAAAUGGAGACAUUUUCUUUCGAAAAACAGACGAAGUGAAAAUAGACACUCUUAUUGCUGAGCAAGUUUGCGAAGUGGAAGGAGUUUUCAAAAAGGGUGCCAAAUGCUUUGGUGUUUUACCUGCAGCGAACUGCGAAGACCGAUCGCUGGAUGACAACGCGACGACAUCUCUUCAUGAAGAGAGCCAAGCAAAUUUGCGUGGUGACGGAACCAAAGAUAACGGAAGAACUCAUCAUUUGUGCUACAAAUGGAUCGUCACACCUGUGAAAGAUUUGCUUACAGAGCCCGAAAUCAUCAUUGUACCGGAUCGUUUUUCGUACCGAGUCCCAUUUGCUGCCUUGCGUGAUGAACAAACCGGAAAGUAUUUAUCGGAGAAGUACAGAAUACGCAUCAUCCCUUCACUGACAACUCUCCGGCUCAUUCAAGAAUGUCCAGCAGACUACCACAGUCAAACUGGCGGACUGGUUGUGGGUGAUCCUACGGUUGGCAAAGUACAAUACAAUGGACGUGUCAUUGACAUUACACCAUUGUUCUGUGCAAGUAAGGAAGCGGAGAUGGUUGGUCAACUACUGGGUGUUCAGCCUUUAUUAGGAAGUCGCGCAACAAAGCAGGCGGUUCUUCAAGCGAUACCUUCAGUGAGUCUGAUACAUCUUGCCGCCCAUGGAAAUGCCGAAAGAGGAGAGAUUGCCCUCUCUCCUCAAUGUACUACUAACAGUACUCCACAAGAGGAAGACUACCUCCUGACAGUGUCCGACAUUGAAGGAGUUCAAGUGCGAGCUAAACUGGUAGUACUCAGCUGUUGUCACAGUGGGCGUGGAUUGAUUAAAAAAGAAGGAGUUAUUGGAAUCGCUCGAGCAUUCUUAGCAUCUGGUGCACGUUCAGUGUUGGUAGCAUCGUGGGCUAUAGAAGACAAAGCAACGGCAAAGCUCAUGGAACAUUUUUAUAAACACCUCGUACGUGGAGAAAGUGCCAGUGAAUCUCUUCACCAGGCCGUUCAAUGGUUGAGAAGCAAUGGAUUCUCCAAACCUUCCCAAUGGGCUCCGUUUGUGUUGAUGGGGGAUAACGUGACAUUUGAUUUUAUGAAAAAAGGGUAAGUCUGAUUAGAAUGGGCAAUUUUCUACGAUAAACCAAUUAGCACAUUUAACUUGUUCAGUUCACUCAGUUGUCCUAAUUUUGUUGUUUGUUUUUGUCUUUGUCUUUCAUCCAUAAAAUGCCAAUAAAAGAAAUUGUUUUAACUAGUGCUCGGAGCCAGAAUAUUUCCAGGGAAGGCUUUCUAAAAUUGGCUUUGAAUUAGCGUUUCUUUUGUAUGCAAUAUACUCAGAAAUAAUUAUUCAAGGUUGAUACCAUACCACACGUUAUGACUAUGAAGGUAACUUGAGAAGCUGAAAAAGUUCACUUUAUCUGUAAAAAAUCAACAAAAAUAACAAUAAAUUGACGAUCUUAAAGUCACUUUCGUAUCAAGCAUGGUAUGUUCGACAAGUUUGGAUAAUCAUACCCAAUGGCAUUGAAGAAGAAAGUAAUUUCUUCAAUUGUAAAAUCUGUUACGUUUACUUUAAAGAUGAAAUAGUGACAAAUUUAUAAUAUUUUUUUCAGGAAAGAAGAAUUCGAGGAGGACAACAACGAGGCGGAGAAGAAACAGAGUGACUACUGA